AUGGCCCAAUCUACCAUCAACCCCACUUCUUUCACUUAUCCCCUUGUCCAAGACAUCUACGAUGUUGUUCCACGACCACAUACCCAAGAAAUACCAGCCCGUGUCGGUGUCUCAUCAGCUCCAAAUGCCCUUAGACUGGUUCAAAACGUUGGCAGCAUCAAUCCCACUUUUCCAACUCACCCUUUUCUGUUCACGAUCCCUGGAAGCUCAAAGUCGGCAGCCGAGGAAUUUGUAAAAGCAAUGACGGCAACAGUUCGAUGGUUUCUCCAGAGGGGUACCCCGACUGCAUCUGAGAAGUUGAACAAAUUGCAAGGCAGUGGUCGCCGUCCGGAGGCUUUCUUCAAGCUCGAGUACCAGUGCCCAUGCAGUGGAUAUUGCAAAGGCACCCCCAACUCACGCAAGAAGAAUCACAUAUCAGCUCGGUGUGGAUGCAAGGCCCGUUUCUCAGUCAGUCACCAUAUUCAAUCAAACACCCUUCGAGUCAUAUGGCACUGGCAACACAACCACGACCUCAAUUCUCAUCAGCAGAUGAUUGUUACCCGCCCCCCACUUGUUGUCGAUCAGUGGCUUAAGGACCGUGUUGACUCAGGUCUCAAGUGGAGAGAAAUCUACGAUCUCACCCAGGUUGAUGAUGUGUUGGAUCUGAGGUCAUCAACUGUCAUCCCAGAGUCUCAUGGUGUCACUUACCCCGAGUUCGCUACCUGGUACAAACUCGGAUGA